AUGACUUGGCAAGUUGUUUUGGUGGUUUGGGCCAGGGAGUUUCUUCUUGCCCUCCUGCAAGAAGAAUUUAAGGCUUCUCUGGGAGAGAUGGCGACAAGGAUGCAGGCAUUACAGUUUGAAGACAAUGUUUACACACCUACCUAUGUGAAAGGAUUUGGUGUAAAUAAGCAGGGUUUCUGUGGCUUAUGCAAGGGUGGGGCAUGGUUUGCAUGGGGGCAUGGCUAUCCGUAUCAUAUGCUACACAAACACGGAGUCAUGUCUGUGACUGGCCUUUAUUCCUUACCGCCACUGAAAACCAAACUGGGUGCUGCAUCAAAGCGGGGAAGAUGUGUUCUUGGCUGGUGCAGUGCGUGCAAACAAUGGAUGGAAUAUGCCAGGAUAUUUGAUCCUAUUAGGGAGAGUUCAAGAAAGCCUCUUCAAAUGCCUGAAAGCCAGCUGAUGUUGCUAGAUCACAAAACCAGACUAUUUUUGGUCAGAGAAUCAAAAGCUGUGACUAAUCCUGGGCGCUGGUAUGAGCAUGCAAAGAAAUGUCAUCAUCAUAGGGUCUUUAUCAAGAAAACAGGAUGUCAUGAGAACCAGGAAAAUCCCUCUUGUAAAAGAAAAGAAAAUAAAGGUCUUUGA